UUCGACACCGUGACGUCACUCUUCUUCAACAUGGCCGCGUGCGGAGUGCAAAGUGACAACAACAGAUAGCAGCGCGAGCGCUACAUCCGCUUUAUACCGAUCAUAACCCUCCUAUAACCCUGUAAACCCUGUAAACCCCGGCUCUACCUGCUCCUCACUCUCCCCCAGGAUGAGCAGUGUGGAGGCUGAGCGGCAGGACAGUCUGGACGGCUGGGUGGCGGUGAGGAGUGAUAUUUUCUCCAGCAGGGAGUUUGUGAGGCUGGAGUUUUUGGUGCAGUGGAGUGAUGUGGAGGGUCAGUUUGCGGUGACCUGUAGGAGCCGUGGGACAAAGUCCAGAGCCGGUCAGCAGGGUUGGGCCACCCUCUUGUCCGCUAAUGACAUUAUACUGACCCACCAAACCCUGACCAGCACCGCCCAGGAGCUCCAACACUGCCUACCUGACAUCAGCACGUUCAACACGGUCAGGAACCUGUGGGACAUGCUGUUCACCCGGCCGGACGCCCUGCAGCUGCAGGAGCAGGAUGUGGAUGGGGUCUGCAGGCAGCUGGAGAAGUAUUUUAGCGUGGCAGUGGAUCUGUGUGGCAGCAGGAUCGUUCUGGACACCAUAUACAAUCUGCAGGAGGCUGAGGAGGAGGAAGAGCAGUACUAUGAAGAUCUGCAGGAGUUUAAGAGGAAGGCCAUGGAGGAGCAGGUGGAGAGAGCCAAGGACAGAGUGAACAUGAUUGUGCAGAGUCACCGCUCUGCUGCUGGUCUUCAGCAGCUGAUGAAGGUCUAUGAGGAAGAGGACGAGGCUUAUGAUGAUUUAGUUUCUGUGGCAACUCAGUUCUACCAGCACCAGCUGCAGCCGUUCAGACAGAUGAGGGAACUCAGCAUGCUGUACAAAAUGGAGAUACAGAAGUCUCUGCAGACUGAGGAGCUGGGUCCUAAGCGUGUCAGUCAGUUGGAGAGCGAGGCUGAGGAGUGGAGUAAACGCGGUCAGGAUGCCGUGGGGUCGAUCCAGGACAUCACAGUCUGCUACUUUAGCCACACAUCAUCUGCUCUAACAGCGAUGCUGAAGCAGAUGGAGAGUGACCGUAAGCGGUUCGGUUCGGCUGCGUGGGCUGUAGCAGUGCCACGACUGGACAAACUCAAGCUGCUGUCGGCUAAAGAGACCCUGCAGCACAUGAGGGCCAGAGAGCUCUGCCUGAACCGCAAGAAACUCCACAUCCGAGACAAGAUGGGUAGAGUGUGUGAAGGUGUGAGUGAGGUUCAGGUGUUGGAGCUGCAGUAUUAUGAGGCUCAGCUGGAGCUGCACGACUGCAAGUUAGAGAUCCUGAAGAACGAGGAGCUGCUGCUGCUGGCACAGAUACACAAACUCCAGAGACAGAUUAAAGAGAUGAAGGAGGAGGUGGUGUAUUAUGACACGUGUGAAGACCCUGCGGAGCUGCAGUGUGUUCAGACUGACUCCACCCACGCUGACAGUAACUCCUCCCACUCUCAACUAACCCAGCAGCUCCUGCAGCUGGAAAGAAAAAGAGCAGCAACAUCAACCCUCAAAGCUAAAGUCAGGACCAGAAAGGAGAGCUGUAUAAAGGCGUGGGAGCUCCAGCAGGGGGCAAUGCAACAGAAAACCAAUCAGCAUCAUCAGCACCAUUCAGUACACCUGAAACGGGAAAAGAGGAGGGAGGAGGAGGAGAGGAAGAAGGAGUGGGUGGAGCUGGAGAGAGAAAAAACACUCAGCAGACUGCGCUCCUUCAGAGAGAAAAAGGUUGGUCAGUACGUGGUGAAGGCCCCUCGCUCCAAGCCGAAGCCUCCUGAUGCAGACGAUUCAUCCCAGCCGAUGUCAAUCAUCUCUCUGACCCCUCCCACUGAUGGAGUCUCUACAAGCCCCGCCCCCAGGGCGAGAGGAAUGGGGCCAGGGCAGAAGCAGAAAGAUAUCCCUGUACAAAUACUCUUACCUCCAGGAGCGGGACCAGCCAUGCCAGAGCAGACAUUCACCCCUCCAGUUCUGCCCCCGCCACCUCCACCUCCACCUCCCCCUCCACCACCACCUCCUCCACCCCCUCCUUUCUCUGUACCUCUCCUGGACGCUCCACCACUUCCACUCAGUGACAAACAACCUGCUCCAUCUCCAAAGAACACUCUGCAGGACUGUGCAGGCUCGAUGGACUCUGUUCUAGCAUCUCUGCAGAGGGGGAAGGUCCGCCUGCGUAAGGUCACCCCCAACGCCACCGCCACAGAGACCCCCAGCAUCAGAGACAACCUGCUGUCAGCCAUCCGCCUGGGCGUGACCUUAAAGAAAACCCCGACCCCUGCUGGCCCCACCCCUUCCAGAGACUCCGAACUGGAACAGAGCAUCAAAGCGGCGAUGCUAAGGAUGAAGAGGGUCUCGAAGGAUAGCGAUGAUGAAGAUGACGAUGACAACGAUACAUUUCCUGAGGCCCAAUCAGGAGACUGGGAUAGCUAAGAGUGUAAACACACACACAUAUAUAUGUGGGUCUUUGAGUGAAUCAGCAGGUUAUGUCUGGAUGUUAACUAUAUUAAUUGCAGUUCUAAAGAUCUGAAUGUGGGAUAAAGCCUUAAACUGUGAUUUCUAUGUAGUUUUAACCAAUACUGUUCUUCCAUAGUGGCACAAAUACACUACUGUUCAAACAUGUGGAAUCAAUGUUUUGAAUAACGUUAAACCAGUUGUUUUAUUGCAGAUAAAACUGUCAAAUUAUUUAGAUUCAUGCCAAAUAUUUGCUGGGUGUCUGCAGCUGAUCAGCAAUCACUUGCCAAUGACUCAGCGAGCAUCAGGAGGUCCCUGAUUUACCUCCAGGAAGGUUUGAAAAACUAAGCUAAAAUCUGGCAUUACAGAACAAUAUGCUCUUCUUUUUUUUUGUCCAAAUAUGAAUAAAAGCACAGAAGAAGAGAAAUCACUUCUGGACUUUUAGAAAUGUAAACUAACCCUGUUUAGACUGGUACAGGGCCAGGAGUGAAAGAAAGUUGCGUUUUUAAAUCCACGAUAGGUGGAACAACAGGCAUGGAUGGACAUGUUAUCCAGAAAAGGGGAAAGUGCUUUUCCAAAAUGGACCAACAUGUAGGAUCUUUGGGUUCCGUCCUUGCGUUCUCACUGGCGGAUGACAAAUCACUUGUGUCGCCCUACAUUUGCUUCCUGUGGGUGUGUUCGAGGCUGUUCGCUCGGCAUGGCCGGUUAGCAUGCUAGUAAGCUACAUAUCUGUCCAUCCACUACUUUCUUCCAAAUUUAAUUGUUCUCCAAAUCCUGCGCAUUUGUAAAAAAAUCUAUCAUAUAAAAUGGAAAGAGCAGAAACAACAGUUAUAAAGGUGUUUUCACACCAGCACUAUUUUGCCUGGUUAAAACUGACUUGUGACUGUUUCGUUUGUACCCUUAGCAGGUGUGGAAACAGCAAUCGCACUCGGGUACAGAUAAGAACAAUCGCACUAAAACCCGCUAGAGGAGGUGGUCUCAGUCCAGUUCCAAACUAACUCUGAUGAGAUCAAUAAUCCGGCCUUGAUUUGACCCAACAAUCAAAUAUACUCCUUUUAUUUGAGCUAAGCAGCUGUUCAGGUGCAGUUUAACCUGAUUUAUUAGCCCGAUAAUGCUGUUUAUCACAGCUGUGUACAUAUGAACGCUGUCUCUGCUGCUGCUCCAUGCUGAUAACACACACUAGUGUGCACUACUCGCAGCAAUGCUACUCUGUUUACUAUGCGGACAUCUGUUCUGCACUCAUUGAAAACCCUGAAAAAGUUUGAAAGUGCAGCUUCCAAUUUUUUUAGCUUCACACUGCACAGAUAUAAACGCUGUAACACAGCAUCUUCUCACUAUAUUUAUUUUCUUGCUCCCGCUGGGGAUAUGAACAAAGUACUAUAUGGUAGGAAUCAGAAGUUGACAGAGCAGAAGGUGGGGAUCUCAGUCUCCUGUCUGUGAUUGGUCUGAAAAAUUUGUUCAGCCAAUCGGAGUAGAAGAUUGCUUUAUUGUGUCAUAAUUUGUCUGCAAAGUUGAGAAAAUGAUUUGAAGCAUUUUUAUCAUUCUGUCUAUUAUGAAUUGAACACAAUUUAAAUAGUAGGUUUUCGAAUUCUACAAUAUAUGGUAAAACUCAGAGUUACAGUUAUAUAUAGAGAUAUGAUCGCCGGUUCGAGUCCUGUUCAUGUAGCUUGCCGUCGGCUACCAGAGCCCCGAGAGAGCACAAUCGGUCUUGCUCUCUCUGGGUGGGUACAGUAGAUGGAGCUCUUUCCCCUCAUCACUCCUAGGGUGAUGUGGAUCAGCACAAGGCUGCGUCUGUGAGCUGAUGUAUCAAAACCGAGUCGCUGCGCUUUCCUCCGAGCGUUAGUGCUGUGACGCUACUCGGCAAUGCUGCAUUAGCAGCAGUUCAAAAAGAGGCGGAGUCUGACUUCACAUGUAUCGGAGGAGGCAUGUGUUAGUCUUCAGCCUCCUGGUGUGUUGGGGCAUCGCUAGUGAUAGGGGGAGUCCUAAUGAGUGGGUUAGGUAAUUGUCCGUGCUAAAUUGGGGAGAACAUGGAAAAAAUUAGAAAAAAUAAAUAAAUAAAUUAAAAUAGAUGGAGAUAUGUGUCUGGUGCACAUUAUCAUUAUACAUUAUACACUGCUAUGCCAUGGGUCAAUGAACAGGAACUAGUACAAUAUGCAAGUGGAUGUGGUGAUUUCUGCCAGAGUGGCUUGUCUGUGUGCAUGGACAAUUCUAGCCAGACACUGCUGGUCACAAUCAUUACCACUACGACUGCCCUGUCCACUGUGGGCAAUAAUGCCUAUUAUAACAUUUUCCUGGUGCACAGUAGACACUGUACACAACUUCCGGAAAAAAAGAAACGUCUUAUCCGUCUCCACCAACUCUCAGGCAUUGUACCUACUCGCGUGAUAAUUCACGCUGGCUUGCCACAGUCACGCUGGCCAGUGUUUAGCCACACUCACAAAAUUACACCUCACAACUUAUACAGGUGUGGGCAUUUCCCUUAUGGCAUGUGAUCAAAAUAUUAAAUGAAACUGAUUGCACAUUGAAGAAUGUAUUAUCUGACGAGACAUUGCACACGUUUGUACAGUAGUGUUGUUGUAAAUGAAGUUAAAAGAAGUUUGAAUGAGAUGAAAAUCUGUGGGAACUCUGGAACUCUGGGUAAUGCUGUUCCUAAUCAAUCUAUCAGACAGUAAGGAAAUUCUCUACAUUGAGCUUCAUAUUAAAUCACAGCCUGUUUUACUGGGGUUUUGUUUUCUGUGUAGCACUUAAUAAUGUACAUGUGCACUGAGAGAAAGAAAGUGUGUUUGUGUAUAAAUAUAUGUGUGUGUGUGUGUGUGUGUGUGUGUGUGUGUGUAGACAGCGACUGUAUGGGAUUAUAUAUUAGAACUACUGGAGUUUGUUAAUGCAAUUUAUUAAUAAUAAGAUGUUUUGCAGCAGUUUACCUCAAACUAGACACACACACACACACACACACACACUUCUGCCUUAUGAUGAUACUACAGAGCAUUUCCAGUGCGCUUGCGGUUACUGGACUGUGAUCUGAGUUCUGCGGGUUCUGGCUGCUCUUUGCUUUAUUUUACUUUGUUUAGAAGAUCUAAUUUGAUUAAAUGCGCUGAAGUGCCA